AUGAGAAACACAACGCGCUCAACGGAUCGUGGGCUUCUGCGACAUCGAAAUGAACCCGGGCGGUUCUUCGGCGAUGGUGUAAGCUUCAAGGCCAAGCUCAUCGGCAUCCUAGAGGUCGGUGAGGCCAGAGGAGACCGGAUGUGCCAGGAGGCGCUGCAGGACCUCAAAAUGGCAAUACGAGCCGCAGGCGAACACAAGCAACGCAUCACGAUACACGUCACGAUCGAUGGCCUAAGGUUGAGAGACGAAAAAACUGGCGAUUCUCUCUACCACCAUCCCGUGCACAAAAUAUCGUUCAUCGCCCAGGACAUGACGGAUUCGCGUGCAUUUGGCUAUAUUUUUGGUUCCCCCGACAGUGGGCAUCGCUUUUUCGGCAUCAAAACCGACAAAGCCGCCAGCCAGGUAGUGCUGGCGAUGCGCGACCUGUUUCAAGUCGUGUUCGAGCUAAAGAAGAAAGAGAUUGAGCUGGCCCGGCAGCACAUACAGAGUAAAAUAACGGCCCACGAACAUCAGGCCGUGACGGCAUCGCUCGCCGCGAAGAGUGGCGGCAGCAGCAGCGCCACCAACAACACGUCUACGCUGGACAGUGGCGGUGGUUCAAGCUAUGGCAAGAAUCAUUCGAGCGACACGAGUGCACUAGGAGCGCUCGGUGGAUCGUCGAUCGUUGGUCCAAGCAGUAGCAUUAAAGGCAUGACCGCGGGAAAGAGUGAAAAGUCACCCGAAUCGGUGGCAGAUCUGGUAGAUCUCGAGCAAGAGCUGAGCUGCAUUCAGCGUGGCAUAACGCAGAUGGAACGUAUCACACCGAGCGAAGGGCCGGGGAAAAGUGUGCUGGACGAUGAUCCGUUUGGAGAUUCUUUUGCCAAUAUUCCGCCCUCGUACAAUCUGCUACCACCGCCCGAGUCAAGCAAACGGCAUCAGAAACAGACACACCGUUCGAACGAAAACCUUCCAACGAUGGAGUCGAGUCCGGCCGUAUCUUCAACGCCUCCUCCAAUGCCGGCACCACCCAUUCCAACACAAUCCAGCGCUUCUGGUGGUGGUGGCGGUGGUGGUGCAACGGUUACAGCUUCCCAUACUGCUUCUUCUAGUGGCGGUGGCAAUAGCAAUGCACCACCAUCGCAGGAUCGCGCUGGUAUGGCAGGAGGCAACACGUUGACUAGUAGUAACUCGGUGCAGAACGAUGAUUGGCUAAAUUCUCCGCCAAACACGUCGCGCUUCGAUCCGGAACCUGCACGAUACUCAGACGAACCGAAGAAUUCGGACGAGUCGGGAAAGACUCCUCAAUCAACCGGUGCGGCACAACCUUCCUCCUACACGGAUGUUUUCACCGAUCUGGACCCGCUGGGAACGGGAAAAAUCAAACCAUACAUCGACAAGAAGUAUUUCUUCCAAGAGCUCAAGAACCCACCCAAGAAGGUGUUGAAAGAUUUGUCCGGCAAGGAAAGCACAUUCAACGCAAACUUUGCACCGGAAGAUCAUGCCGCUUCGCUAGCAAAUCUGACUGGCUCGGGAACGCUAAACGCGAGCAACAUCUCUACACUGGCUAGCGGUAGUGGAGAGUUAUUUAAGGCCAGCUUUGAUGAGGCACAGGCAAUGAAGAGCAAUAACAGUGCCGAACCAGCGGCAAGUGGAGGAGGCGAUGGAGGAGUUUCCGGAGGUGGUGUUGGCAAUAAUAUGCCCCUCAUAGACUCACUCGUCUGUAGUAGUGGAUCAAAAACAGCAUCAGUUGAUCCGUUUAUGGAGGAUGACGAUUUUUCCAAACUUCAGCUCGAUCCGUUCGAGGCACACUUUUCCCGUAACGCUUCACCUCGCAAUGCCGGUGGUAGCGAAGGCAUAAGACCAUCCGAUACGACGGAGGAUCCAAAAUCCAACACGGAGGAUAAGGAUGGUUCGGUUUACAAUGGGCCUCUGCAGGUGAAUUUACCACCCGAAUCUUGGGCCAGCUACAUUAGCCAGAAACGCCUUGAGCGACAAUCUUCCGAAGCCAACGCAUCCUCAUCGAACCAAUCGCAAACGGGUGGACCGAACGCGCAUCGUAAUCGACCAGCAGCGAGUAGCGUGUUCAAGCAAAACACGGUCGAUGUAAUUUCUAGUCUUAGUUCCAGCUCGAAAAAGAUGAAACCGAACCUGUUCGGUCAAAAGUUCUCCAAACGCGACUCCAACAGCAUAAACAUGCGUCGUCUGCAGGAAAGUGAUUCCCUGAGCGAAACGGAAAUGGCACCGGAACCUCCACCGCGGCCCGAUUCCGGCUCGCACAUCGAACCACCACCGCUGCCGCCGAAGAAACAAUUUGCGGACAUUGUUAUCCGACCUUCGCCAAGAACUUCCCACGCUACCGGAACAAGUAGCUCUGGAUCCACCAUCACUCAGGUAUCAAGUCAUGGCCCCAGAGAGCGUUACGAUUAUGUUGGUUCGAAGUACGAAAGCAAUCGAUCUCCAUCGGCUGGUUCCGAUGCGCCACCAUUACCGCUACCCUCUCGUAAGGUUGGUCGUACGACGGGUGAAACCGUUGGUCCUGGAAGACCACAAAAAACUCGUACCGAUGACGACGAUUAUCUAGCACCGAUUGGGAAAGCAUUGGAUAUACCGACGCUACUGCCACCGCCCCAGCGUAAAGACGCCUCGAAAACGACACGCAACACCAUCACCCGCAAGCAGUCGGAGACGGAUCCGCGUAAUCUCGACGAACCUACGCCACCGCCGACAUCAAAGUCUCCCUCCGGCCACUUUUCGAAGGAGCUGGAACAUCACCAUCCGGCGCCCUCGUCCGCUUCGUUCCUGCCCGACAUUACGCUCAGUCAAUUACUAACGCUCGGUAUCGACGAGCUGGCGACCAAGCUGAGCGUACCCGUGUCCAAACUGAGCACAAUGACGCUCGUCGAGCUGACCACGUACCUGUCGGAGUUUAUUGAAAAUAGCAAGUACGCCGCUACGCAGCCACCACCCUCAGCGGCGCCAUCUUGGGCAACGAGCAGCAGCAUCAGCCAGGAUAAUACGACUGGAUUAGAGGGAAGUGUGAGCGAAUCACCUGUGUUUAAGGUAAACUUUGACGAUGUAAAUGAAGCUAUGUUUGUGGCCAAGUUUGAUGAUAACUUUGGUGAAGACGAACGGCCUCGAGGUGGUGACGGUGGUUCAAGAGUUGGUGGAUCCGGCGGAACAUUUGUCGCCAACUUCGAUAAUCUGAAUCUACAACCCACGAGAUCGUCAGCUGGGAUUGAUGCGUCACACUCAACCCAACCGGUGGUAGACAAGUACGCAGUGUUCAGGGAGAUUAUUGAACAAGAAAUUGGUCCAGACGGAACGGCGAGCGAUCACGAUCAAGAACAACAACGAUCGUCAAGUCAGAAUGAUCGAGCAGAUUCGCUCGACUUACAGAAAGAAGUCGCGUCAGAAAUGAAUCGUCUAUCACCGGCUUUUAUUGGUGGUGAGGGAGGUAUGGGUGGUUCUUCCUCUCCUUUGCCUACUCUCGGUUCGUUCGGAGGAUCAUCCAUUAGUCCACUCACACACACCGGACCACCGUUAACAAAGAUCGAUACAAAAAUUACGCAAGUAAUUUCCCAAGCGAAAGAUCGCUACGCAGCCUUGCGGGACAUAAUUUUGGUAGAAGAUCUUUUCGAAAAACCAGCACAACCAGCCCAGGCACCAAUGGCGCGUAUGGAAUCGUCCUCGUUCGAAGAUCGUGAGCUGGACGAUGAUGCCAAAUUUGAGGCUAAUUUUGACGAUAUGGAGGAUCCGGCAGCAGCAGCUCAGCAACCACUGGAAACAACUUCUCCAGAAAUCAAUAUUUCCGAUGCCGAUAUGAAUGAGGAUGACCUGCAAGCUCAGUCACAGUUCCGCAACGCAACAACACCCCGGGAAGAUCUCGAAAUAGACGAACUAAUGCAGAAAGCGGUUUCGAAUCUAUCCCUACACAGUAACGAUCAACUAUCGCCAGCACCAACGGGCUCAAACAACCAGUCGAGCUUGGCAGUGAAGGGAAGUCCGCUGUUGCAAAACACUUCAACUUCACCGUACCGACCGACAAGCAUGUCCACCUCUACGACUUUGCUGAAUGAUAUGAUUGGUCCGAAAAGCAAAUCACCAACUGGUGGCAACGGUGGCACCAUGGUACAGUACGAAACCCUCUCUCUAGGGCAGCAUAACGCACAAACGGGUCGGGGUGUUGGUGGUGGUGGGUUGAGUGAUAUGAGUACGUCACCGAUUCCACCGCUAGGUUCUAAAGCGUCCAUUGGUAUGGCCAAGAGUCCCAUCCUAAAACCGUCUCCAAUGUCGCGAAGAGGCGAGGAAAGCAGCAGAAGCAAACCGACUCCGGCCCCACGCGGCCAAUCGUCCAGUGAUAAGCGUUCUUCCGGAUCGAUGAGUGACGGCGAUGGUGAAUCAUCACCGGAAGGAGAUAACAACGAAGAAGGUAAAUUGUCCCGGAUGACGCCUACCAAUGCGACCGAAUCCUGGGCAGUAUUCGAUCAACCGGAACCACCACCACCGUCGUCGCACCACCCGGCCAAAAGGCAAGAUUUGCGCCACGAUUCUGGAAGAAGAAGUGGUGAUAAAAAUGGUCCCGAGUCGCCUUGCUCCUCCGACCCCAAAGACGAAUGGACAAAAACGGAUCUGCGCGAGUAUGGACGGCGGUGGCCUUCGAAAGGUCACACCUCGUCAUCGUCGCGCGAUGUUAGCCCCUGGGAUGAGGACGGUCCGGACUAUCGGAAACGUUCCUCGAUGCAUCCACCGGGCGAUCCGUCGAUGCGCCAUCACCAUCCUACCUCCGGUGAACGGUAUCACCAUCCACGCAUGCCACCGCGGCGUAUCAAUUCCAAUGACGAGGACUACGAUGACGAGAUGGUGGUGGUUAAGGAUCAGCGUGGACAGCAGCGGCGCCGUAUGAAGAGUGGCGUUGGUUCGCGCAGUCGGGAUAACUUUGAGGAUGAGCACUGGUAUCACGAUCAUCACGUUGGUCCGACGUGGUCUUCCCCGACGGAGGAUGACGAUACGCGUGGGCCGCCGGGCGGUGAGCGUGGUUCACGAUCGUUCGAUAGGAACGCUUACGAGCGCAGUACAUACGGGCCACCGUACGAAAAGCGGGAACCGAAAAGCUUACCACCGGCCUACGAUCGUCGGGAUUAUAAAGGCUACGACAAGCGGAAGUACUAUCGGGAGAGGGAACCUUCGCGAGGAGGUAGCGGUGGCCGGUAUGAUUACGAUCCGUAUACGGGUGAUGCUGGGUAUGGUGGGAGAAGGUCAGACUAUGAUGAUGGUAUGUACGAACCAAGGCCCAGCCGGGAUUCGCGGGCAGCGCGGGAAUACUUUUACGAACGCGAGCGAAAAAGCUUCGACCGCGAGAGCAACGAAUCGUACGACAGUCGGGACCGGCAGCGUAGCUUCGGUAGUGGCGACAUCUAUGGCAGUUUGGAUAGUCGGGCAGAAUAUCGUGAAAGGGAUCGAUACUUGUCGCUGGACAAAAGUCGGUCACUGCGCCGUGGCCUACGAAAUGCUGGCAGUGCCCGUUUAGAUCAGGAUCUGGACCAGGAUUCUGAGGGAGAUCUAAUGGGCGGUAUGAUGGGAGGCGGAGGUGGUGGUGGUGGACGGUCUGGUGGUGGCAACAGUUUACAUCGCUCUAGUCAAAAUAUUGGACGUGCAAGCAAACAGCAACAGCAGCAACAGAUGAUGAUGAUGCUGGACGAUGAUGUGUGGGGUGUUUCGAAAGGUGCCAGUUCCGCGGCGGGUACCAUGCCGUGGAAGAGGCCCUCGAGCGCAACGGAACAGCAGGAACAGCGACGUUACAACGAAGGUGGUGCUGGUGGUGGACGAAGUGGGCGUGGAAUGAUACCCGCCGCUGGUACGAAUCUGGUCGGUUCGGAUGGUGAAAAAGACCGACGGUUUCGUAAGAAGAGUCGAACGCGUGCCGACCGGAAGGAAGUCGAAAUGCGGACGUCCAACUAUGCGACGAUGCGAUACCCGCCACGUACCAAGGAGGAUUAUUUCGAUUUCGAUGCACCGGAAGGGGGUCGAGUUGGAGGUGGCGGCGUAGAUGAUGACGAUGAUGAGGAUGAUGAAGAUGAUGUGCCAGGUGGUAAGAUGAUUCUGGACGAACCGCUGGACGACAGUCCGGCGUACUAUGGUGGGCGCAGGCAACAACCAGCCGGAGGACCUGGAACGGCUGGAUACUAUGGUAAAUCGUCCACACCAAGGCAAGAAGGACGCAGCAUGAACGAUGCCCUCAUUGCACAGGAAGCGAAAAAGAUGGCACGAUACGAGUACGAGGAGGAAGCGCUCAGGCGCAUGAAGAAAAGCAAUAGUCGAGAUCUGUACUUUGAAGGUGGUGGAAGUGGUGGAGGAACCGGGUAUGGUAGUGUAACUCCACCGAAGGUUGGUAACAUUCAAAAGAAUCAUUCACAUGCUCCGCCGGGUCCCGGUGGUCGACCCCUAGACUUUGAGUUUGAUGAGUUUACAGAACCGGCCGGGCAUCCUAUCGGUGGAGAUGGGUUUGAGAGUGAUUUUAACUCUCCACCUGUCGGAGGUAGUGGUGGAAUGACUGGAGGUCCGAUUCCUAGUGGACGAGGAGAACCCGGACACAAGUCGUAUCGAUUCUCGAGUGAUUUUUCAAACGAUAAAGAACGGGGUCACUACGCACACGAUCCUCCUCCAGCUGGAUAUCAUCGCCAGCAGCAGCAGCAGCAACAACAACAACAUUACAAAACCCAUCAGAGCUCUGGCGGUGGUAGUUACGCGGAUUCUGGUGAUUAUCCUCCACACUCACAAACGUUGCAACAGGCACCAUCAUCAACGACGCCUCCACCGGCAUCUUCCGCAGGACAUCAUCAUCAUCACCAUCGAGAACAGCAAAGCAGUAGUGGUUCGAAGUUGCGCUUCAAUGAAAAUGUAACUGUGUCAAAGUUUGAUGCUGAAGCGACGACCAUGUUUGAGGACGACUUUGCUGGCCGUUCCGAUGGGGAACAGGAUCCGGAAGAUGGGCAGCAACAUCAGCAAGGCUGGUCCUCGGCAAGCAUCGCAACCAGUCCCGCGCCAGCGCUCGCUGCAACCGCAGCCACAAGCAAUAAUGGUAGUAACAAAAAGAUAUUAAAAACCUCUAGUCAAGCAGGGCAUCAUCAACAGCAGCAACAUCACCAGCAGCACCAGCAGCAGCAACUGUUUAAUCAGGAUAAUAUCCGCAAAUCGGACAGUAUUAACAUUUUUGCCAAAAAAGUCGACGAUCCGUUUGAGGACGAUGAUUUCUUCUCCUCGUCCGGCGGUGGUGGCCGCGGUGGAGACCCGUUCGGUGGCAAUGGAGGUCCCGAUGCUGCAGGCCAUCAUGGUGCGGCGGGUAGCGGUGGUACCGCCGGCACCGGUUCAACCGGGUGGGAUAAAAACUUUGCAAAUUUUGACGAUAACAUCUGAUUACUCGGUAGCCUGAUGAUCGAGAGCAACUUCCUCAGUCGCCAGCUGAGCCGAAGUUUGAGUGCCCGGCAACAGUAUCAGUACUGCUGCCAACAGGACGAACAUCAGCGCUACUCACUGGCCAAGGACAUUCGGAAGCUUUACAUGCGCAUCAAGCACUGCAACCGAUAUCAGGUGUUUGUUUA